GUCUACAAAUGUCUCAGUGGAGGCUAAAGAUACUUGUGUUGUAGCUCAGCUCUUGGAUACAGGAAAUUUGGUUUUGUUCGACGAUAGAAGUAAAAGUACUGUGUGGGAAAGCUUUGAUCAUCCUACGGAUACUAUGCUGCCAGGAAUGAAACUUGGGUUGGACCGAAGGACAGGCAUGAACCGGUUCCUGAUAUCUUGGAGAUCAGCAGCUGACCCCGGAACUGGAAACUUCUCACUUCAGAUCAACCCAAAAGGAUCACCACAGGUCUUUAUCUACUGGGGUACAAAAUAUAUUUGGCGAGGCUUUCCUUGGCCCUGGAAAAGUUAUGCAUAUAUAUUCAAUGCUAGUUUUGUCAACAAUCAAAAUGAGACAUAUGCGGCAUACUCUGUUUCUGAUGCUUCCGCUAUCCUAAGGUUAAUGUUGGACUAUUCAGGACUUCUCAAGAAAAUAAUUUGGCAAGAAAAAGAUGGCAAAUGGAAUGAAUUCCAGUCGACGCCAAGAUCUCCAUGUGAUCCAUAUGGGCAUUGUGGUACCUAUGGAAUAUGUGAUCCUGAAUUUCUUAGUCGAAGAUUUGAAUGUGAUUGUUUACCGGGGUAUGAACCCAAGUCCCCAAGGGACUGGCAUAUUCUAAAAGAUGCAUCAGGCGGGUGUGUCAGGAAGCGGCUAGAGUCUACCUCAUUAUGUGGCCAUGGGGAAGGAUUUGUGAAAGUGGCAAAUGUUAAAGUACCUGACACUUCAGCAGCAGUUUGGGUAAGCAUGAAUAUGAGUCCAAGGGACUGUGAAAGGAAUUGCAGGAGGAAUUGUUCAUGCUCUGCAUAUGCAAGCAUAGAUAUUGCUGGGAAGGAGACUGGCUGUUUGACAUGGUAUGGCAAAUUGAUGGACACUGCACACGAUAGGGAAGAGGGAAAUGAUAUUUAUGUUCGUGUUGAUGCAGUCGAAUUAGCUGAAAUUGCCGAAAAAUGGAAUGGUUUUCUUAAAAGGAAGGAUAUGUUAGCCAUUUUAGUAAUAUCUGUUGUUUCAGCUUGGUUUGUCAUCAUCUUGUUUACAUAUUUGUGGCUCAAGAAGAAGAAGAAAAGGGUGAGGAACAAAUGGAACAAAAGGUGGCUUGAUACAAUUGGCACAGUGGAAAAUCAAGUCGAAGGUAGCAUGAGUCAUCCAGAGAUUGCUUUUUUCAAUCUGAGCACUAUACUUGCUGCAACUAACAGUUUCUCUCCAGCUAACAAACUAGGGCAAGGUGGUUUUGGUGUGGUUUAUAAGGGUAAAUUGUCUAAUGGAAAGGAAGUUGCUGUGAAAAGACUUUCAAAAGAUUCGGGGCAAGUAAUAGAUGAAUUUAAAAAUGAAGUUUUAUCGAUUGCAAAACUUCAACAUCAAAAUUUGGUGAAACUCCUAGGAUGCUGUAUUCAGGGAGAGGAACCGAUGCUAGUUUAUGAAUACAUGCCAAACAAAAGCUUGGACUCCUUUCUUUUCAAUGAAACAAGAAGGUCAAUCUUGGAUUGGAGAAAACGCUUGGAUAUUAUCGUUGGGAUUGCUCGUGGAAUCUUAUAUAUUCACCAAGAUUCUAGGUUGAAAAUUAUCCAUAGAGAUCUAAAAACCAGCAAUAUCCUAUUGGAUGAAGAAAUGAAUCCAAAAAUUUCAGAUUUUGGCCUAGCUAGAAUCUUCAAAGGCGACCAAACUCAUGAGAAGACAAACAGAAUAGUUGGAACAUUAUAUGGCAUUUAUGGAGAGAAGAGAGAGCAUGGGAGAUGGUUGAUUCAUCACUAAAGCAUUCUUGUUCUCCUGAUGAAGUAUUGAGAUGCAUCCAAAUUGGGCUCUUAUGCGUGCAAGAAGAUAUAAUGGAAAGACCGACCAUGUCAGCUGUCGUUCUAAUGUUAAAUAGCGAAAUUAGUCUUCCUUCUCUUAAGCAACCUGCAUUCACUUUCAGAAAGUCUAGUAUUAUUAGUUCUAGCUCAUUAGAACCAAAAGAAAGAUUUUGUUUUGUGGAUGAGGAGACAAUUACUGAGGUUGUAUGUCGUUGAAUAUCUCUCUCCUCAAUUACAUAAAUUUUUAGUA